AGUUUUUCGUCAAUUUUAGCGUCUUAUCUAUUCAUUUUUUGCUUUCUAUAGAAAUUUUAAUCCAAUCUAAACAAUGUAUCUGGCGUAAUCAAAUCACGAACUUUGAACUUCGCAACCUGAAACUUUGACCCCUGUAGCGCCAUCUGUAGUGCCGCUGGACUAUAAUAUUCAUGGUGUUGUGGUGUUGGAAUUUUGUAUUUAUGUUUAGUCAUAGUGUAUAAAAUACCGAGAUGUCUAACAUAUUUAGACUUAUUAAUUCGAAUACACAUUUGCUGAAGAACCAUCAUAUUUGUAGAUUACAAUUAUUCGUGUCGGAUUUAUCACAUCAUUCACGUAUCUGCUGUGGUCACAGUUAUAGCACAUCUGCCGACGAUGACUAUGAAUUCCUGCAGCGUAGCAUCGUACCCACGAUGCACUUUCAGCCCAGUCUGCCAAGGUUACCCAUUCCAGAACUCCCAAAGACCUGCGAGCGAUAUCUUAUUGCUCAGCGCCCCCUGCUGGCAGACGAAGAAUAUAAGCAGACGGAGAAGGCUGUGUUGGCAUUUAAGGAGGGCAUAGGGAAAGAGCUUCACGAUGAGCUGGUGGCAGUCGACAAGAGUAACAAGCACACGAGCUACAUCUCCGACUACUGGUUCGACAUGUAUCUCUCUGACCGGCAGCCGAUCGUGCUAAACUACAAUCCCUUCAUCUCGUUUGUGGACGAUCCGAAUCCCGCUCAGAUGGGACAGCUGACGCGGGCGACCAACAUGGUGGUGUCGGCGGCUCGCUUUCUCAAGUCUCAGCGCGCCGGAAUUCUCGAACCAGAGGUGUUCCAUCUCAAUCCGAAAAAGAGUGACACAAAGUCGUUCAGGAAGGUCAUGAGCUGGCUUCCAAGUAGGGUGUCUUGGUAUGGUGCCUUUCUCUACAAGGUCUUUCCACUUGACAUGAGUCAAUUUGCAAGUCUAUUUAAUUCCACUCGCAUUCCAUGCUACGGAAAGGAUGAGCUAUUACGUGAUGAAACAGCAGGCCACCUGGUGGUGAUGAGGAAUGGCAAUUUCUAUGCAUUCGACAUCUUGGACAAAGAUGGUCACAUACUGCCACCGGACGAGAUCCACGCCUGCCUGGCCCACAUUCUAGCAGACCGCACACCGACCCCCGCCCAUCCCCUGGGAUACCUGACGACGGAAAACAGGAAUACGUGGGCGUCUGUCCGGGAGAAGCUGAUGGUCGCUGGCAACCACGAAGCCCUCAGGUUGGUUGACACGGCGGUGUUUACGUUGUGUCUGGACAAUGAGAGUGUCACCGAUCCCGUGGAGAUGGUUAAGACGUUUAUCCACGGCGACGCGGCGAACAGGUGGUUCGACAAGAGCUUCUCGCUCAUCGUGUGCAAGAACGGCAAGGCGGGGCUGAACUUUGAGCACUCGUGGGGCGACGGCGUCGCCGUGCUCCGAUUCUUCAAUGAGCUCUUCAAGGACACGACGCAGCGCCCCCGCGUGCAUCCCGGCUCGCCGCCCGCCAAGAUCGACCCCACCCAGCGCGUGUCGCGCGUAGAGUUUGUUCUGAGCGACGCUCUGAAGCAGGACGUCGACGGGGCGCGCGCGAGGUUCCACAACUUCGUGAACACGCUCGGCAUUCACCUCUACGAGUUUCCGAACAUCAACAAGGCUUACGUGAAGAAGCACAAGCUGAGUCCCGACUCUCUGAUGCAGUUGGCAAUACAGAUGGCGUACUACCGGCAGACGGGUCGUACGACUGCCACGUACGAGUCGUGUAGCACCUCGGCCUUCCGCAAGGGUCGCACGGAGACGGUCAGGUCGGCUACCAUGGCAACGAAGGAGUGCUGCGAGGCGUUUGGCAGGAACCCGCGUCCGGGGGCGUCCGAGCUGCGAGGACUCAUCGACAACUGCUCCAAGGUGCACAAUCAACUGGUGAAGGAGGCAGCCAUGGGCCACGGCUUCGACCGGCACCUGUACGCGAUGCGGCGACUCGCCGAGGCGCACGGCAGGCGCGCCGACCUCUCGAUGACCCCGCUACGCCGCGCUCACCACAACAUCCUCUCGACGUCGACGCUCUCUGCCGUCGCCGUGGAGAUCGGAGGCUUCGCGCCGGUCGUCGCCGACGGCUUCGGCGUCGGCUACGGCAUCACGGACGCUCGCAGCGUGAACCUGAUGAGCUUCCCCGGGAGUCACGACCCCGCCGGCUUCGUCGACUGCUUCCGCGCGAGCAUGGAUGACAUGUACGCCGUGCUCGAGGCGGCGAAGAAGUAGAGGUCGGGUCGGUUCGCGACCCCGCAUCCGAUAUGGUCCGGAGGUCGGCGACGCCGCGUCCGAGAAAAGGUCGCGACCUCUUCCCGAAGAUCUCGGCGGGUCGAGGCCUCACGUCGAGGAACUAUGAAGGUCACGAUCCGAUUCCGAUGACCUCUGCCCACCUCUGUUAGGUGCGUUGGCUCCGGGUUGGUCGGCCUUGUAAGAGGAUGAAGGGACUCUAGCUGUCGGCCUCAGUUUUUUCUGGGUGUUAUGCACCCGCGUUACCUCGUAAAGAAUGUUGUUCGCAGUCCGAAGGGGCUGUAGCGAAGGAGAGAGCCUAAUGUUGAUAGAUCGAUCCGAUCAGCAUUGCAGGUGUUGACUUGUUUCCAGCGUUUGUUUUUCUUUGUUUGUUUUACUGUGUAAUAUUAAUGAGUGAUGAUUAAAAUCCUGCUUUUAAAGUAUAAUUGUUGCACAGAUAAACUACUGAUAAGCUAGUGUGUUGGUAACAAAUGACAAUUCCCAAAAUCGGAAUGCCACUCGUUACUCGGUAAUCUUUCAAUUGUAAUUCUGGCAUGUAAGUAAAUUCUCUGAAAAUAGUGCCGAACGCUGGAAUCGUGGUGCUCUCUGUAGCCCCAAGCAAUUUAUUUGACGUGCUAGGUGGUUUCACAAAUGGGUGCAGUUAGGCUGCCCCUGGUUAUAUGGGAACAAACUGCUGAUGCAAUGAGGUCAUCACUGUGCCUACGUCUGUUUCAUUCAAACUGCUUUGCACUGGAAUUGGUAGGCUAAUGGCGAGGGAGAUUGUGAUAGGGGAAUCCAUUAUAAUACACUACUUAACUCCGAGGGCCAACUUGUCUUCAUUUCAUAUGUCUAUCUGUUGUGUACUGUCUUUUGCCGACGAAAUCAUAUCGAAUAGGAUGGCCUGGGGUUAGAAAUUGUUGAUUGUACUUGUUGUUAUUAUAAGCAUUAUUAAACCACUGUUGGGUGGACACUGGACUAUAAAAAAUACUGUUAUCUCUC